AUGGAGAAAGACGCGAUAGAACCAAAGACAAUCCGAACAGGGUCCGGCGAUCCUCCUCCAGGGUACGGCGAGACAGAACUUAUUCGAGGAAACAUUGGUCGGCGAUUUUUGGACAGUUUCAAGCGGAACCCUAAUGCACAAAUCACCCACCAACCCCCUGCAGAUGGAAGCAAUGUCGACCCUGAAAUUGCUGCCCAAAACACGGCGAACUCACCUCUAGAGCGUCGCCUAAAGGGUCGCCACAUGCAGAUGAUCGCGCUGGGCGGCUCAAUUGGUACCGGUCUUUUUGUCGGCUCGGGAAACGUCUUAUCUACUGGUGGUCCGGCUUCCGUCCUUAUUGCCUACGGGUUAAUCGGGGUCAUGUUAUACUGCACCGUUCACGCCCUGGGUGAGAUGGCUGUUGUCUUUCCUGUUGCCGGAUCGUUCGCAAGCUAUUCUACUCGAUUCAUUGAUCCGGCUUGGGGAUUCGCUAUGGGAUGGAAUUAUAGCCUUCAGUGGCUUAUUGUUCUCCCCCUAGAAAUCGUUGCCGCAUCAAUCACUAUUGACUAUUGGGAUUCGAACAUUUCAAACGCUGCUUGGGUUGCGAUAUUCUGGGUGAUGAUAGUGGUCAUCAACAUGUUCGGCGUCAAGGGAUAUGGUGAGGCGGAGUUUGUCUUCUCGUUGAUCAAGGUCAUUGCUGUGAUUGGCUUCAUUAUCCUUGGUAUUAUCCUCAACUGCGGCGGAGGCCCGAGAGGCGGCUAUAUCGGCGGAAGAUAUUGGCAUGAUCCAGGCGCAUUCCACAAUGGCUUCAAAGGACUUUGCAGUGUUUUCGUCAACGCCGCAUUUGCAUUCGCCGGUACUGAGCUGGUUGGUCUUGCUGCAGCUGAAGCUGCGAAUCCCCGGAAGAGUCUCCCAACGGCGAUCAAGCAAGUGUUUUGGCGUAUCUUGCUAUUCUAUCUCGUCUCGCUCACCCUAGUCGGACUCUUGGUCCCGUAUAACGAAAGCCAGUUGACGUCAGGGAGUUCCUCUGCGGAUGCUAGGGCAUCUCCUUUUGUGAUUGCUAUCAAGAACGCUGGCAUUUCUGGACUUGAUUCUGUCAUGAAUGUUGUGAUCAUGAUUGCUGUCUUGUCUGUGGGCAACUCAUCUGUUUAUGGGUCGUCGCGAACCCUAGCUGCUUUGGCCGAACAAGGUCAAGCACCUAAAAUCCUGGCCUACAUCGACCGCAAAGGCCGUCCCCUUGUUGCACAAGGCGUCGCAUCAGUUCUAGGCCUCCUUGCAUUCCUGGCAGCAUCUGAUAAGCAGGAAGAUGCCUUUAACUGGAUGCUGGCCAUUUCUGGGUUGUCGUCCAUUUUCACCUGGGGGUCGAUCUGCCUGGCUCAUAUCCGCUUCCGCCGUGGUUGGAAGGCCCAAGGACAUAGUCUGGAUGAGCUGCCAUACCGCUCCCAACCGGGUGUGGUUGGAUCCUGGGUGGGAUUUAUCUUCAACUGUCUCGUGCUCGUUGCGCAAUUCUGGGUUGGGUUUGCCCCCGUCGACUACGGAACAAUGACUGCCUCCGGGAGAGUUGAGAGCUUCUUUGAGAGCUACCUGGCCGCUCCGGUUGUCAUAGCCUUUUAUAUCCCGUAUAAGAUCUACACUCGGUCUCCGUUUAUGCGUGCCAAGGAUAUGGAUUUACAAACGGGUCGUCGGGAUCUCGAUAUCCAGCACCUAAUCGAUGAGGAACGGGCCGAGCAGGCGGCAUGGCCUUGGUGGAAGAAGGCGUAUAAAUUCUUCUGUUAA